AUAAUGCUGAUAACACAUGGAAAAACGUACCUACAAAUCGCCUUCCUUCUGUUUGCAGUGGUGUGUGAGAGUGCCUACAAGGCGCCUGAGUUUCAUGGAGAAUUUCAUUUAAAAUUCUUUGGAAAGCUGUCUGACAAAUACUCUCAAACCAUCUUUUCGUCAGAAGGAAAAUCACAGAUGGGAACUUUAGCAAAAUGUUCCAAGUUUUGUGUCAAUGACCAGCGAUGUAUAGGAAUAGAAUUAUGUCACAUCAGAGAGGAUUGGUUCCAAUGUCGAGUUUGCUGUGAAUGGAAGAAAAUAGGUUCCAAUUACUACGAUGACCAACCGCAUUGUAAAUACUUAGAAAUGGAAGAUAAAGCCGAAGAAAACGUGGCAGCGUCGGCCGUUUUAAGUAGUAUUUACGAUUCCCGACGUAAAACAGCAUUUGCAGUAGAUGGUGUCACAGAAUGUGAAAGAUUUACAUGUCCUCACAGCUUGGCUGAAUUUAGUCCAUGGUUAAGAGUCGAUCUGACCAAUAAAACCAGUGUAUCAAAAGUACUUGUAUACAACAGACGUGAUUGUUGCGGAGAGCGAUUCCACGAUGUUUCUGUGAAUGUAAACGAACCAGAAAGUGUGAGAAAUUUUUCUUGUGGCUUCUUUCCUGGACCAGCCGUAAAUGGAGAUCGCAUCCUGUUUCUUUGUGAGAAUGGUGCUGUUGGUGAAAGUGUCACAAUUAUGAUGAAUUAUAGAAAUGGAAAAAAGAGUUAUCUUCAUGUGUGUGAAGUAGAAGUUUUCGGGAAACGUUAACACUGCUUCAAUCACAUGACUCUGGUUUUCAUACCCAGGUAGAACGAUAAUAAAAAAUGUGGAAAGGAUAUAUCUAUGAAGAUCAACAUAAAUAACUAUAGACAUGUUUGUUCAGAAUAUUUUCAAGUGCAUCAACGAUGUUAAAAGCAAAUUAAAAGCAAACUUUAUUCGUAUAGACCUUCGUAUAAUUGACGUUAUAAGAAGAAUGAAUUUAUCCACAAUAUAAUUGAAAGAUUUAACAGCUCAAAGAAUAAGUAAACAUACUGUUCGUUUUUUGAAGUAAAGUAAAAUGAACAUUCUGCAAAUAAAUACAUUGUCACAAAUGGC